AAAUAUUGAAACACUCAACAUCUAAUCAUUUUAAAGAUGUUAUCAACACUUUCACUAAAACUUAUCUUCAAUUAUUAUAGAUUAUGAUUUUUAUACCUGAUAUUGCAUAAUUAUGUCCGGCAUCUCAACACAACUUUGUGCAAUAGAUUAUAAAGCAGGGCUGAUAAAACCCCUUUAUAAUAGGCCGAUUGACCAUUCAAUAGAUGCAGAGUGAAUAAAUGGAAUAUAAACUGAGUCAUUCUUAUCUUUGCUACUAUAAUUGAAUUAAGGUGAAUAAAACGUUUUAUCUAGGCGGCCCACAUUGCCGUUACAUCACCCUCAUUACCAGCAGCCUCCGCUCUGCAUUUCGUUAUUUAUUUAUUUCCCUGAUGUGUCAUUGGUUUCCCUGGACUCCAGGAGACACACCACCUGGGUUCUUAAGGAGAGGCGGAUCAGUUGGCUCUCAUCGAGUCCAUCCACGCUGAACAGCCACCGCUCCGGCUCAAGCACAGCUGGAUAUUGGAACAUCUCCUUUUUAUGGAUUUUAACCAGAUUUUUGCUGUCAUGACAAACUAUCUUUGGACAGAUAUCAAUAACAAAAGACUUUUUAAGCGUUUGCGAGGAUCUCAAAUCAACCUGUGCAGAGGUUUUGACUCUGCGGACCUCAUAAAUGCCUCUCACUGAGAAAAGGCUUGGGACGUUCAUUGUUGUGAAUGUGUACAAGCAGCAAAUGACUUGAUAAAGAUGGGAAACAAGCAAACAAUCUUUACAGACGAGCAACUUGAUGCUUACCAGGACUGUACGUUUUUCACUCGCAAGGAAAUUCUGCGGUUGCACGGCAGGUAUCAUGAGUUGGCACCACAUCUCGUACCAAUGGACUACACUAAUGAUCCUGACUGUAAACUGCCCUUAGCGCUGAUUGUCAACAUGCCAGAACUGAAGGAAAACCCAUUCCGCAACAGGAUUGUGGAGUCAUUUUCAGAGGAUGGCAUGGGCAACCUCAGCUUCAAUGAAUUUGUGGACAUGUUCUCAGUUCUCAGUGAAAUGGCUCCGAGGGAACUCAAGGCCAUUUAUGCCUUCAAGAUAUAUGAUUUUAAUGUGGACAAUUAUCUUUGCAAAGAGGACCUUGAGAAGACUCUAAAUAGGUUGACAAAAGAGGAGCUGACUCCCGAGGAGGUCCAGUUGGUGUGUGAGAAAGCUAUAGAGGAAGCAGAUUUGGAUGGAGAUAGCAAACUUUCCUAUGCUGACUUUGAAAAUAUGAUAUCAAGGGCUCCAGAUUUUCUAAGUACUUUUCACAUCCGUAUCUGAGAGGGGAGGAUUGGCAGUUUUUGUGAUCUGUAAAAGUCGACCUGAACCAUGUCCUGGUUACAUGAAAGAGAAAGCAGAAGGCUUCUGCAAAGAAAGGUCAUGCAGCUGUCUUUUCCAGCUUCUUAUCAAGAUAUCUUCAAUCUGAAACCUGCUAUGUUUUACAGGAAAAGAACAUUUUAGAUAAAAGGGCUUGACUUAAAUAGCAAAAAAUAAUGUUAUUUCUGGAUUUUAGAGUUCUUCUUGAGUAGGCCAGUUUUGUGCCUGUUUUAGAGAACUCAUCUACCUAAGGUUCAUUGCACAUCUUCCUACAAGUCUUCCUACACUGACACACCAGAUUUUCAGGUUUUAUAAGACUAUGGACAAAGCUUGAACUAAAUGAAAUCAUUGCAAUUAAUUAAGGGCAUGCAUUCUAUAUAUUAUCUAUGAGCUAUGCAACAUUUGUCUGUGAAGUGUUUAGAUUUUUGCUUUUGCUUGUCAGAAUAGAACAUUAUGACAAUCAAAAAUAACUCAAGUUAUCUAAAGGGCUCUGAUAUCUGAAUUGUAUAGCUAACAGCUAACAGAGGUAGCUUUCAUCUUGUGUCUCAACCAUUGCCAUGAGAUGUUAGUUGGUGCCAGAAAUUGGAUUUGUGUUUCACGAGUUGGUUAUUUGUCUGUUAUUAAAUAUUAUUUGUUCUGAUCGAAUUGCUUCAUGUGGAUGUAUUUGUGAUCUCUGUCAAUUAAAAAACGGUAGCGCUCCUUGUUCCUUAGGAAGGUGUCCUUUCAGGUGAUCAGACCUUCUGAUUUAAUGAGUGCAUGUAACCAAUCAUUCCAAAGCCACCCACUCAACACGAUCAAAGAUCAGUACAGCUUAGGAAAUGACUGUCACAACUCAUUACAUGCUCAACAUAAGUUAUUAAGGUGGCUGAGACCAUAAGCGGCUUCAGCAUUUACAAGCAGGAUGGCAUCCUGCACAUAUAAUUAGGCUCAUCGGAAGAUGGGAAGAAAAAGUCCAAACCAUGUUCAUUGAUGGUUAAUGGGUGGUGGGUCUCUGGGCCGUACGCUGAUAAAUCACAGAGAUAUAAAAUACAGUGUCCCUUGUUGUUUUUUAUGACUCAUCAGGUUGUUCAUACAGGUUAUGCUGAAUGAAUGAAGGCAACUCUCAUGGCAUUCAGGCCAAGCAUCUGCUUAAAAUCAUAAGGAUUUAAAAUAAGGAGUUAGAGACAGAUUGAUCAAAAUAUUCGGAUAGGAAAGUUCCAUCAAUUGAUACGAAGACGUUUUUAAGCUUUUUGCUACCGAAUUGGAAUGGAAAUGGUGGAGGAUUAGUCAGUUAGGCAGUCCUUACAGCUGUCAGUAAAUGCCCCUAUCUAUUUUCUCAACUAGCUUUUAUGGGGACAGUUUCAAUAUUCAGGACAAUAGAAAGCUGAUUGUGUGGCCCCAUUAAUUACUGGUCUCACCGGGAACAUCUGUUAAUUGAGAAACCAGCAGAGAAGCUUCUGGUGCAACGUGAUACCGGGGCUGUAAAGCCGCCGUUAGCGUGAGUAACUGCUUUCUGGGAUUGAGAUAGACCAAAUGGUGCACAAAAAUUCUAUUGGUUUCCUGUUUUUAGGUAAUUUUACAAGCGGCCCCCUGAUUUCGGCCUGACAGUAGCAGAGGUUUUACAAACAGCUGAAUGGCAAAUGUAGAAAUAAUCAAGUUUAUGCUAGUUUGUCAUAAAACAAGAAAGUUAUUUGGGAAAAAUUUGAACCAGUUUAUUUUUUCUUGUAUAG